AUGGACAAUGCAAGGAUGAACACCUUCCUAGACUAUUCCAUCAUUAACGGAGACACUGGGGCCUGCUCUUCCAGAAGUUACCAUGCAGAUCCAGGAAUUGCAACUUACCAGCCCUGUGCCGUUAGUAAUAAUAACUGCACCGCUGAUGAACGCUACAUCGUGGCCAGAAGUGUCCAAAUAGGUGCUCCACCUCCUCCUCAUCACCAUCACCAGCCUAGCUAUACACAUCACAACAACCUGGGCAUCUCUUACAGUGCCCACCCCAACUGUGGGGCAGGAUAUCCAGCCCAGAGCUUUAGCACAGGCUACAGUCAUCAUCACUACUCAUUGAAUCGAGAGGCGGAUGGUAACGGAGGGUACCCUCAGUGUGCUCCUGCUGUCUACCCUGGGAACAUUGGCUCGGCCAUCAGCCCUCAUCAGCACGGCUAUGGUGGGAUGGUGGGGCCAAGUCAAUAUUCCCAUCACCCUUACGGACAAGAGCAGCAGCAACAGCCGAGUUUAGCCCUAGCUACAGGCUGUCACCCUCCGUCCCCCGCCCACGGCAGCCAUCAGGAACCUUGCUGCUCCCCGUCUGCUGAGACCCCUCCCCCAGCACAGACCUUUGACUGGAUGAAGGUGAAGAGGAACCCUCCGAAAACAGGGAAGGCUGGGGAGUAUGGUUUUGCUGGUCAGCCCAAUACAGUGAGAACUAAUUUCAGCACUAAACAACUAACCGAGCUGGAGAAAGAGUUUCAUUUCAACAAGUACUUGACCCGGGCCAGACGGGUGGAAAUCGCGGCUGCCCUUCAUCUCAACGAAACCCAGGUAAAAAUCUGGUUCCAGAAUCGGCGGAUGAAGCAGAAAAAGCGGGAGAAGGAGGGCUUCGCCUCAGCUUCUCCGGCCACUCCAGGGAGUGAAGCAAACACAGAAGACACCUCAGACAAAUCGAACUCUACCUCGUCGACUCCCUCCCCAUCAUCAUCUACCUCAGAAACGAUUCAUACUUCAGGCUGA